AUGGCCCCAAAAUCAGGAGUCCUGGUACCUUUGUACAUUUAUCCCCUGUCGACGACGACCUGGGCCCCACUCUACGAGGCUAUCACAGCCCAUCCUGAUCUAGAUUUCCUGGUGGUGGUGAACCCCAACAGCGGACCGGGCGAGUUGCCUUCCCCGAACAAGGAUUAUGCCCGCGAGGUCCCCCGGCUGAACGCCUUUGCGAACGUCUACACGGUCGGCUACAUUCGCAUCCACUACUGCAGCAAGCCUCUCGAGACGGUCUACGAGGAGAUUGAUCGGUACGCCAGCUGGUCGCACUCCGAUGGCCUAGGACUGGGUGGGAUUCUCCUGGACGAGACCCCGAACCACUACUCCGAGGAGCUGGAAGCGUACCUGCUGGCUUGCACAAAGUAUAUCAAGAAUCAUCCGGGGAUCCUGCGCGAGCGAAUGGUCGUCCAUAACCCUGGAACGCCUCCCGAUGCCGGUUUGGCGGACACCUGUCCGGAUCUCAUUCUCACCUGCGAAGAGCCAUAUGCGCGAUACUGCUCGGACGAGGUGCAGCACCGUCUCGGCGAGCUGCCCUAUGAUCGAAGCCGGUGUGGGUACAUGAUCAAUGCGGUGCCUGUGAGCGAGCUGGCGGGAUUGGUGCGUGAAUUGCGCGACCGGGCGGCUUAUCUGUUUGUCACGGAGGUGCAUGGAGACUUCUAUGAGCGAUUUGGACCAACCAGUUGGGGGGAAUUGAUGCACGCGCUGGAGAGAUAA